AUGGCCGACGAGGACGCCGCCUCCAUGAGUGUGGAAGAGAUUCAGGUCCAGGAGGAGUUAACCGUGCAAACUGUCGUGCUUGAUUCCCUUGAUGGUGCCGACUACGACGGAGCGGAGGAAAUGCGACAAGAUGCCCGUGAGGAGAUUUCUCGCCUUAAAAAGCAACUUCGAGAUUUGAGACAGAAAAAACAAUCAAAAAUACCCAGUGAAGUCCUUCAAAAAACCCAUGCGCCGAAAGGUUCUUCGAGUGUAUCCUCCAGUUCAGGUGGGCGACAACGAGAUACAGCUCGCGUCAUGAAUCCUGCUACGGAGUAUGGGAACAUCUCCUACGCCUUGCCGAGCCGGAAAAGGGGAGCCGACUCAGCUCAUCUAUCUACCCACGAGAAUCAAGCAAAAUCUCGCCGGUUCUCUCCUACUCCGUUCGAGGAUUUGACCUCAGAUGUGCCGGCCAUCAAUAGCUUCGAUCAUGGAUCUGUUGACUUCAUUGACCUUACUGGGGAUGAUGAUGAUUUUAUCGCAGAACAGAUCAAGGCCGAGCAGAGGCAAAAACAAGAACACUCGGACCGAGCGUUUGCAAAAUUUCUUUCUAGCCAAGACUCUUCUGACCAGAUGACAACACAGUCUCCUCAGAACAAUGCCUUCACACGGAUAAUGGGCAGUCAGCUUCCAGCCGGCCCCAUAGUCCCCGACGAAGAGAGCCCGUCUCGUAUGCCUGGUGCUUACGAUACACGCUGGGAUGAUCCGGCCGCUGGUCCAGCUUUUAGAAUCCCCCAAAGACAACUAGGCCCCCAAUACAUACCUCCGCCAGCCCCUUCGUACCGCAACACCAACAACGAAGAGCCAGAUAUUAUCUUUGAGGGGUCUGUUGCUCGUGCUCCCCGUCCUAUAGGUCGCGCGGAACAACUGUUCCCUGGCAUGGGUAUGGGCUAUCCAGAUUUGACUAGACAGGAUGUUCAUCAUUCACCUCAUCUGGCCGGCAUGCCCGGUCUUUCGUACAGACCUCCUCCUUCAUUUGUACCAGGCUCGUUUGCAAGUCCGUCGUCUUUGAGCGAGCUUAUUGGGCGGACGAAUAGGUUCGAUCUUACCAACGGAGUAGAUGGCGGUGGCAAUCCAUUGCCUACUCAGCUCAGAGAAUGGAUGCAGGAUCCUGAUCACGAUCCUUAUGCCACUUUUCAAGGGCCUCAAUUGGACGCAAAGGAGCUUGAGAAUCUACUCGCAAACAUCUCUUCCGACAUGGAUCUACCAAAGGCAGGUCUAGGGGAGGCUCCGGCCGGAUUAAAGAGACCACUGUAUCCUCACCAGGAUAUUGCCCUUGCCUGGAUGAAGAAGAUGGAGUCAGGUACAAGCAAGGGCGGUAUUCUCGCAGACGACAUGGGGUUAGGAAAGACGAUUUCGACACUCGCCCUCAUUCUGGCUCGCCCAGCGACGACUCGACCCAAGACAAACUUGAUUGUCGCUCCCGUCGCUCUCAUUCGCCAGUGGGAGGAGGAGAUCGCCACCAAAACCAAACAAUCUCACCAUCUAUCGGUAUAUGUGCACCACGGUAAACGGACUUCGAUAAACGAGCUGCUCACAAAAGACGUGGUCUUGACCACCUACGGCUCACUCUCACACGAACUCAAACGUCUUGACAAGUUUCUAGAGGAAAAUCAGGAAGAGGAUCAAAUCGAUUGGAAUCACAGAACUCCUAGCCUCAGUUUCCCACUCCUGCAUCCCAAGGCUAAAUUUUACCGCGUAAUCCUGGAUGAAGCGCAGUGUAUCAAGAACGAGAAGACACAAGCUGCCAAGGCAUGCACUCAACUCAAGUCAAUUCACCGAUGGUGCCUCACCGGAACACCUAUGAUGAAUGGUGUCUUGGAACUUUACUCGCUGGUCAAGUUUCUCAGAAUCAGACCCUACUGCAAGUGGGAAGACUUCCGUCAGUCUUUCGGACGACUGUUCGGCCGCAAUGGUGACCCGAAAAGCACUGCAAUGAGGAAACUGCAAGUGUUUCUCAAAGCCAUCAUGCUUCGCCGCAAGAAGAACUCGUUACUCGAUGGCAAACCCAUCCUCAGGCUGCCGGAGAAGACUGAGGAAAUCGUUUAUGCUACAUUCUCUCCUGAGGAGCUUGACUUCUACACUCAAUUGGAAAAGAAUGCCCAAGUAUUGGUCAGCAAGUAUAUUCGUGAGAGAUCCGUCAGCAAGAACUACUCUAAUAUUCUUGUCCUUCUACUCCGUCUUCGUCAAGCUUGUUGCCAUCCGCAUCUCAACCUCGACGUCGACGACGCGCCAUCUGCAGUCUCUGACGAGGAGAAAAAAAAGGUUGUCGAAAAGCUCGAUGAAGCCAUCGUUGAAAGAAUCAAGGGUAUCGAAUCCUUCGAGUGCCCUAUCUGCUACGACGCUGUUCAAUGUCCCAGCUUCUUUGUUCCUUGCGGGCAUGAUAGCUGCGGCGAGUGCCUUGUCCGCAUUGCCGAGAGUGCUCACGCAAGCAACUUACAGGAAGGGACCGAAAGCAGCCGGGCUAGGUGCCCUGUCUGUCGUGGCCACUUUGACCCUACUAAAUGCUUUUCGUACGAUGUCUUUAAGCAGGUGCACAUGCCCGAAACCAUCGAGCAAGAAUCUGAUAAAGAGGAGGAAGUUGUUGAGGAAACUAACACGAGUGAAGACUCGGAGAGCGAUUCAGACUACGAAUCUGACGAUGAGGUUGAUAAGCAAGGCAACCUCAAGGAUUUUAUCGUUAACGACGAUCUUUCUGACGACGAGGCACCAACCAGAAAGAAGCGCAAAGCAAAGGCGAAAGGAAAGGGCAAAGAGAAAGCACUGGACGUGAGACCAUCGAUGCUCAAGACCCUGCGCAAAGAGGCUUGCAGGAACCGCGACGCGUACAAAAAGUACAUGAGGUACUUGCGCAAGACCUGGGAGCCUGCUUCUAAAGUGACGGAGUGCUUGAAUCUCCUCAGGGAAAUCGAAGCUACCGGAGAGAAGACCAUCAUAUUCUCUCAAUGGACUCUGUUACUCGAUCUUCUACAGGUGGCCAUGCGGCGCGAGAACAUGGCCAAAGCCGAACGUUACGACGGGUCCAUGUCGGCAACCCAACGCAAUAUCGCCGCUCACAAUUUCCGUGACGGAAAGGACGUCAAAGUAAUGUUGGUAUCUCUCAAAGCUGGCAACGCAGGCCUCAACCUUACUGCUGCUUCUCGGGUAAUUAUUAUGGACCCUUUCUGGAACCCUUACAUCGAGAUGCAGGCUGUCGAUCGUGCAUAUCGUAUCGGCCAGCAGAAGCCAGUCAAGGUGUACCGUAUAUUGACAAAGGAAACGGUCGAAGAUCGCAUUGUUGAUCUUCAGAACAAGAAGAAAGAAAUGGUCGAAGCGGCCCUGGACGAGAACCAAGGUGCAUACAUUGGAAGACUGAGCGAAAACGACCUUAGAAAUCUUUUCAACAUUCGCGAUUAG